AUGGAGAGAGUCAGACUUGUGCAUUCACACAAUGGCUGGAAGGGAAUACCUCAACAAACUGACUCUGCUCAGUAUUUUAACUGCAACUUCACAUGCUCAGCUGGAUGUGUGUGGCAUCCCACCAAAGAACACAAGGAUAGUUGGAGGUGAAGACGCUCAAGAAGGAAAUUGGCCGUGGCAGGCCAGUCUGCAGUUUUUUGACAGUCAUGUUUGUGGUGGUUCUCUCAUAAACAAAGACUGGGUGAUGUCUGCUGCCCACUGCUUCUCCAGCACAAGUGCCUUUGGAUGGUCAGUUUCCCUUGGUCGUCAGAACCUGCAGGGCAACAACCCAAACGAAGUGUCAAGAAUUGUUGACACAAUCAUUUUGCAUCCAAACUUUGACCGUUUUAGCUUUGACAACGACAUCGCUCUGCUUAGACUUUCCUCACCGGUUACGUUCACAGCCUACAUCAGACCUGUGUGUCUGGCAGCCAGUAGCAGUAACUUCAUCAAUGGUACUGAUAGCUGGGUCACUGGUUGGGGAACAGUCCAGGAGGGAGUGUUACUCCCCUUCCCUCAAACGCUACAAGAAGUGGAGGUUCCGGUUGUGGGAAACAGACAGUGUACCUGCCUGAAUGGUGAAGGUUCUAUUACAAACAACAUGAUCUGUGCUGGUUUCCUUGAAGGAGGGAAAGAUGCUUGUCAGGGCGACUCAGGAGGUCCAAUGAUGAGCCAGCAGGAUUCAAUCUGGAUCCAAUCAGGAAUUGUCAGUUUUGGUGUUGGCUGUGCUCGACCUAAUCUGCCGGGAGUUUAUGCCAGAGUGUCCAGCUACCAGUCCUGGAUCAACUCACACAUCAGUUCUGAUAAACCAGGUUUUGUCCAGUUCAACUCCAGUGGGCUGGAUGCUGACACCAACUACACAUGCUCUGCACCUUCUCCUCCUGUUACUAGUAUUAUUCCUACGACAGGACCAGGGUCCAGCAUCUCAAGUGCUGAACUGUGUGGCACCUCUCCACUGAACACGAGGAUAGUUGGAGGUGAAAACGCUCAAGAAGGAAGUUGGCCUUGGCAGGCCAGUUUGCAGGAUCUUGGCAACCAUGUUUGUGGUGGUUCUCUUAUAAACAAAGAGUGGGUGAUGUCAGCUGCCCACUGCUUCUUCAGCACAAAUACCUUUGGAUGGUCCGUUUCUCUUGGUCGUCAGAACCUGCAGGGCAACAACACAAAUGAAGUGUCAAGAACUGUUGACACAAUCAUUUUGCAUCCAAACUUCGACACUUUUAGUUUUGACAACGACAUCGCUCUGCUUAGACUUUCCUCACCGGUCACUUUCACAGAAUACAUCAGACCUGUGUGUCUGGCAGCCAGUAGCAGUAACUUCAUCAAUGGUACUGAUAGCUGGGUCACUGGUUGGGGAACAGUCCAGGAGGGAGUGUCACUCCCCUUCCCUCAAACGCUACAAGAAGUGGAGGUUCCAGUUGUGGGAAACAGACAGUGUACCUGCCUGAAUGGUGAAGGUUCUAUUACAGACAACAUGAUCUGUGCUGGUUUACUUGAAGGAGGGAAAGAUGCUUGUCAGGGCGACUCAGGAGGUCCAAUGAUGAGCCAGCAGGAUUCAAUCUGGAUCCAAUCAGGAAUUGUCAGUUUUGGUGUUGGCUGUGCUCGACCUAAUCUGCCGGGAGUUUAUGCCAGAGUGUCCAGCUACCAGUCCUGGAUCAACACACACAUCAGUUCUGAUAAGCCAGGCUUUGUCCAGUUCAACUCCAGUGGGCUAGAUACUGACACCAACUUCACAUGCUCUGGUCCUUCUCCUCCUGUUACUAGUAUUAUUCCUACGACAGAACCAGGGUCCAGCAUCUCAAGUGCUGAACUGUGUGGCACCUCUCCACUGAACACGAGGAUAGUUGGAGGUGAAGACGCUCAAGAAGGAAGUUGGCCUUGGCAGGCCAGUUUGCAGGAUCUUGGCAGCCAUGUUUGUGGUGGUUCUCUUAUAAACAAAGAGUGGGUGAUGUCAGCUGCCCACUGCUUCUUCAGCACAAAUACAUUUGGAUGGUCCGUUUCUCUUGGUCGUCAGAACCUGCAGGGCAACAACACAAAUGAAGUGUCCAGAACUGUUGACACAAUCAUUUUGCAUCCAAACUUUGACACUUUUAGCUUUGACAACGACAUCGCUCUGCUUAGACUUUCCUCACCGGUCACUUUCACAGAAUACAUCAGACCUGUGUGUCUGGCAGCCAGUAGCAGUAACUUCAUCAAUGGUACUGAUAGCUGGGUCACUGGUUGGGGAACAGUCCAGGAAGGAGUGUCACUCCCCUUCCCUCAAACGCUACAAGAAGUGGAGGUUCCAGUUGUGGGAAACAGACAGUGUACCUGCCUGAAUGGUGAAGGUUCUAUUACAGACAACAUGAUCUGUGCUGGUUUACUUGAAGGAGGGAAAGAUGCUUGUCAGGUAAAUUACUUCUUCUCAUUUGGUUAUAUAUAGUUCAAUUAUGAUUUGACACAUUCGUAUACACACCGUUAGGGCGACUCAGGAGGUCCAAUGAUGAGCCAGCAGGAUUCAAUCUGGAUCCAAUCAGGAAUUGUCAGUUUUGGUGUUGGCUGUGCUCGACCUAAUCUGCCGGGAGUUUAUGCCAGAGUGUCCAGCUACCAGUCCUGGAUCACCACACACAUCAGUUCUGAUAAGCCAGGCUUUGUCCAGUUCAACUCCAGUGGGCUAGAUACUGACACCAACUUCACAUGCUCUGGUCCUUCUCCUCCUGUUACUAGUAUUAUUCCUACGACAGAACCAGGGUCCAGCAUCUCAAGUGCUGAACUGUGUGGCACCUCUCCACUGAACACGAGGAUAGUUGGAGGUGAAGACGCUCAAGAAGGAAGUUGGCCUUGGCAGGCCAGUUUGCAGGAUCUUGGCAGCCAUGUUUGUGGUGGUUCUCUUAUAAACAAAGAGUGGGUGAUGUCAGCUGCCCACUGCUUCUUCAGCACAAAUACAUUUGGAUGGUCCGUUUCUCUUGGUCGUCAGAACCUGCAGGGCAACAACACAAAUGAAGUGUCCAGAACUGUUGACACAAUCAUUUUGCAUCCAAACUUUGACACUUUUAGCUUUGACAACGACAUCGCUCUGCUUAGACUUUCCUCACCGGUCACUUUCACAGAAUACAUCAGACCUGUGUGUCUGGCAGCCAGUAGCAGUAACUUCAUCAAUGGUACUGAUAGCUGGGUCACUGGUUGGGGAACAGUCCAGGAAGGAGUGUCACUCCCCUUCCCUCAAACGCUACAAGAAGUGGAGGUUCCAGUUGUGGGAAACAGACAGUGUACCUGCCUGAAUGGUGAAGGUUCUAUUACAGACAACAUGAUCUGUGCUGGUUUACUUGAAGGAGGGAAAGAUGCUUGUCAGGGUGAUUCAGGAGGUCCAAUGUUGAGCCAGCAGGAUUCAAUCUGGAUCCAAUCAGGAAUUGUCAGUUUUGGUGUUGGCUGUGCUAGACCUAAUCUGCCGGGAGUUUAUGCCAGAGUGUCCAGCUACCAGUCCUGGAUCAACUCACACAUCAGUUCUGAUAAGCCAGGCUUUGUCCAGUUCAACUCCAGUGGGCUGGAUGCUGACACCAACUUCACAUGCUCUGGUCCGUCUCCUCCUGUUACUAGUAUUAUUCCUACGACAGGACCAGGGACCAGCAUCUCAAGUGCUGAACUGUGUGGCACCUCUCCACUGAACACGAGGAUAGUUGGAGGUGAAGACGCUCAAGAAGGAAGUUGGCCUUGGCAGGCCAGUUUGCAGGAUCUUGGCAGCCAUGUUUGUGGUGGUUCUCUUAUAAACAAAGAGUGGGUGAUGUCAGCUGCCCACUGCUUCUUCAGCACAAAUACAUUUGGAUGGUCCGUUUCUCUUGGUCGUCAGAACCUGCAGGGCAACAACACAAAUGAAGUGUCCAGAACUGUUGACACAAUCAUUUUGCAUCCAAACUUUGACACUUUUAGCUUUGACAACGACAUCGCUCUGCUUAGACUUUCCUCACCGGUCACUUUCACAGCCUACAUCAGACCUGUGUGUCUGGCAGCCAGUAGCAGUAACUUCAUCAAUGGUACUGAUAGCUGGGUCACUGGUUGGGGAACAGUCCAGGAAGGAGUGUUACUCCCCUUCCCUCAAACGCUACAAGAAGUGGAGGUUCCAGUUGUGGGAAACAGACAGUGUACCUGCCUGAAUGGUGAAGGUUCUAUUACAGACAACAUGAUCUGUGCUGGUUUACUUGAAGGAGGGAAAGAUGCUUGUCAGGUAAAUUACUUCUUCUCAUUUGGUUAUACAUAGUUCAAGUAUGAUUUGACACACAAUUCGUAUACACACCGUUAGGGCGACUCAGGAGGUCCAAUGAUGAGCCAGCAGGAUUCAAUCUGGAUCCAAUCAGGAAUUGUCAGUUUUGGUGUUGGCUGUGCUCGACCUAAUCUGCCGGGAGUUUAUGCCAGAGUGUCCAGCUACCAGUCCUGGAUCAACACACACAUCAGUUCUGAUAAGCCAGGCUUUGUCCAGUUCAACUCCAGUGGGCUGGAUGCUGACACCAACUUCACAUGCUCUGGUCCUUCUCCUCCUGUUACUAGUAUUAUUCCUACGACAGAACCAGGGUCCAGCAUCUCAAGUGCUGAACUGUGUGGCACCUCUCCACUGAACACAAGGAUAGUUGGAGGUGAAGACGCACAAGAAGGAAGUUGGCCUUGGCAGGCCAGUUUGCAGGAUCUUGGCAGCCAUGUUUGUGGUGGUUCUCUUAUAAACAAAGAGUGGGUGAUGUCAGCUGCCCACUGCUUCUUCAGCACAAAUACCUUUGGAUGGUCCGUUUCUCUUGGUCGUCAGAACCUGCAGGGCAACAACACAAAUGAAGUGUCCAGAACUGUUGACACAAUCAUUUUGCAUCCAAACUUUGACACUUUUAGCUUUGACAACGACAUCGCUCUGCUUAGACUUUCCUCACCGGUCACUUUCACAGCCUACAUCAGACCUGUGUGUCUGGCAGCCAGUAGCAGUAACUUCAUCAAUGGUACUGAUAGCUGGGUCACUGGUUGGGGAACAGUCCAGGAGGGAGUGUCACUCCCCUUCCCUCAAACGCUACAAGAAGUGGAGGUUCCAGUUGUGGGAAACAGACAGUGUACCUGCCUGAAUGGUGAAGGUUCUAUUACAGACAACAUGAUCUGUGCUGGUUUACUUGAAGGAGGGAAAGAUGCUUGUCAGGGUGAUUCAGGAGGUCCAAUGUUGAGCCAGCAGGAUUCAAUCUGGAUCCAAUCAGGAAUUGUCAGUUUUGGUGUUGGCUGUGCUAGACCUAAUCUGCCGGGAGUUUAUGCCAGAGUGUCCAGCUACCAGUCCUGGAUCAACUCACACAUCAGUUCUGAUAAGCCAGGCUUUGUCCAGUUCAACUCCAGUGGGCUGGAUGCUGACACCAACUUCACAUGCUCUAGUCCAUCUCCUCCUGUUACUAGUAUUAUUCCUACGACAGGACCAGGGCCCAGCAUCUCAAGUGCUGAACUGUGUGGCACCUCUCCACUGAACACGAGGAUAGUUGGAGGUGAAGACGCUCAAGAAGGAAGUUGGCCUUGGCAGGCCAGUUUGCAGGAUCUUGGCAGCCAUGUUUGUGGUGGUUCUCUUAUAAACAAAGAGUGGGUGAUGUCAGCUGCCCACUGCUUCUUCAGCACAAAUACAUUUGGAUGGUCCGUUUCUCUUGGUCGUCAGAACCUGCAGGGCAACAACACAAAUGAAGUGUCCAGAACUGUUGACACAAUCAUUUUGCAUCCAAACUUUGACACUUUUAGCUUUGACAACGACAUCGCUCUGCUUAGACUUUCCUCACCGGUCACUUUCACAGCCUACAUCAGACCUGUGUGUCUGGCAGCCAGUAGCAGUAACUUCAUCAAUGGUACUGAUAGCUGGGUCACUGGUUGGGGAACAGUCCAGGAAGGAGUGUUACUCCCCUUCCCUCAAACGCUACAAGAAGUGGAGGUUCCAGUUGUGGGAAACAGACAGUGUACCUGCCUGAAUGGUGAAGGUUCUAUUACAGACAACAUGAUCUGUGCUGGUUUACUUGAAGGAGGGAAAGAUGCUUGUCAGGGCGACUCAGGAGGUCCAAUGAUGAGCCAGCAGGAUUCAAUCUGGAUCCAAUCAGGAAUUGUCAGUUUUGGUGUUGGCUGUGCUCGACCUAAUCUGCCGGGAGUUUAUGCCAGAGUGUCCAGCUACCAGUCCUGGAUCAACACACACAUCAGUUCUGAUCAGCCAGGCUUUGUCCAGUUCAACUCCAGUGGGCUGGAUGCUGACACCAACUUCACAUGCUCUGGUCCGUCUCCUCCUGUUACUAGUAUUAUUCCUACGACAGGACCAGAGCCCAGCAUCUCAAGUGCUGAACUGUGUGGCACCUCUCCACUGAACACAAGGAUAGUUGGAGGUGAAGACGCUCAAGAAGGAAGUUGGCCUUGGCAGGCCAGUUUGCAGGAUCUUGGCAGCCAUGUUUGUGGUGGUUCUCUUAUAAACAAAGAGUGGGUGAUGUCAGCUGCCCACUGCUUCUUCAGCACAAAUACCUUUGGAUGGUCCGUUUCUCUUGGUCGUCAGAACCUGCAGGGCAACAACACAAAUGAAGUGUCCAGAACUGUUGACACAAUCAUUUUGCAUCCAAACUUUGACACUUUUAGCUUUGACAACGACAUCGCUCUGCUUAGACUUUCCUCACCGGUCACUUUCACAGAAUACAUCAGACCUGUGUGUCUGGCAGCCAGUAGCAGUAACUUCAUCAAUGGUACUGAUAGCUGGGUCACUGGUUGGGGAACAGUCCAGGAAGGAGUGUCACUCCCCUUCCCUCAAACGCUACAAGAAGUGGAGGUUCCAGUUGUGGGAAACAGACAGUGUACCUGCCUGAAUGGUGAAGGUUCUAUUACAGACAACAUGAUCUGUGCUGGUUUACUUGAAGGAGGGAAAGAUGCUUGUCAGGGCGACUCAGGUGGUCCAAUGAUGAGCCAGCAGGAUUCAGUCUGGAUCCAAUCAGGAAUUGUCAGUUUUGGUGUUGGCUGUGCUCGACCUAAUCUGCCGGGAGUUUAUGCCAGAGUGUCCAGCUACCAGUCCUGGAUCAACUCACACAUCAGUUCUGAUAAGCCAGGCUUUGUCCAGUUCAACUCCAGUGGGCUGGAUGCUGACACCAACUUCACAUGCUCUGGUCCUUCUCCUCCUGUUACUAGUAUUAUUCCUACGACAGGACCAGAGCCCAGCAUCUCAAGUGCUGAACUGUGUGGCACCUCUCCACUGAACACGAGGAUAGUUGGAGGUGAAGACGCUCAAGAAGGAAGUUGGCCUUGGCAGGCCAGUUUGCAGGAUCUUGGCAGCCAUGUUUGUGGUGGUUCUCUUAUAAACAAAGAGUGGGUGAUGUCAGCUGCCCACUGCUUCUUCAGCACAAAUACAUUUGGAUGGUCCGUUUCUCUUGGUCGUCAGAACCUGCAGGGCAACAACACAAAUGAAGUGUCCAGAACUGUUGACACAAUCAUUUUGCAUCCAAACUUUGACACUUUUAGCUUUGACAACGACAUCGCUCUGCUUAGACUUUCCUCACCGGUCACUUUCACAGCCUACAUCAGACCUGUGUGUCUGGCAGCCAGUAGCAGUAACUUCAUCAAUGGUACUGAUAGCUGGGUCACUGGUUGGGGAACAGUCCAGGAAGGAGUGUCACUCCCCUUCCCUCAAACGCUACAAGAAGUGGAGGUUCCAGUUGUGGGAAACAGACAGUGUACCUGCCUGAAUGGUGAAGGUUCUAUUACAGACAACAUGAUCUGUGCUGGUUUACUUGAAGGAGGGAAAGAUGCUUGUCAGGGCGACUCAGGAGGUCCAAUGAUGAGCCAGCAGGAUUCAAUCUGGAUCCAAUCAGGAAUUGUCAGUUUUGGUGUUGGCUGUGCUCGACCUAAUCUGCCGGGAGUUUAUGCCAGAGUGUCCAGCUACCAGUCCUGGAUCAACACACACAUCAGUUCUGAUAAGCCAGGCUUUGUCCAGUUCAACUCCAGUGGGCUGGAUGCUGACACCAACUUCACAUGCUCUGAUCCGUCUCCUCCUGUUACUAGUAUUAUUCCUACGACAGGACCAGAGCCCAGCAUCUCAAGUGCUGAACUGUGUGGCACCUCUCCACUGAACACGAGGAUAGUUGGAGGUGAAGACGCACAAGAAGGAAGUUGGCCUUGGCAGGCCAGUUUGCAGGAUCUUGGCAGCCAUGUUUGUGGUGGUUCUCUUAUAAACAAAGAGUGGGUGAUGUCAGCUGCCCACUGCUUCUUCAGCACAAAUACCUUUGGAUGGUCCGUUUCUCUUGGUCGUCAGAACCUGCAGGGCAACAACACAAAUGAAGUGUCCAGAACUGUUGACACAAUCAUUUUGCAUCCAAACUUUGACACUUUUAGCUUUGACAACGACAUCGCUCUGCUUAGACUUUCCUCACCGGUCACUUUCACAGAAUACAUCAGACCUGUGUGUCUGGCAGCCAGUAGCAGUAACUUCAUCAAUGGUACUGAUAGCUGGGUCACUGGUUGGGGAACUGUCCAGGAAGGAGUGUCACUCCCCUUCCCUCAAACGCUACAAGAAGUGGAGGUUCCAGUUGUGGGAAACAGACAGUGUACCUGCCUGAAUGGUGAAGGUUCUAUUACAGACAACAUGAUCUGUGCUGGUUUACUUGAAGGAGGGAAAGAUGCUUGUCAGGGUGAUUCAGGAGGUCCAAUGUUGAGCCAGCAGGAUUCAAUCUGGAUCCAAUCAGGAAUUGUCAGUUUUGGUGUUGGCUGUGCUAGACCUAAUCUGCCGGGAGUUUAUGCCAGAGUGUCCAGCUACCAGUCCUGGAUCAACUCACACAUCAGUUCUGAUAAGCCAGGCUUUGUCCAGUUCAACUCCAGUGGGCUGGAUGCUGACACCAACUUCACAUGCUCUGGUCCGUCUCCUCCUGUUACUAGUAUUAUUCCUACGACAGGACCAGAGCCCAGCAUCUCAAGUGCUGAACUGUGUGGCACCUCUCCACUGAACACAAGGAUAGUUGGAGGUGAAGACGCUCAAGAAGGAAGUUGGCCUUGGCAGGCCAGUUUGCAGGAUUUUGGCAGCCAUGUUUGUGGUGGUUCUCUUAUAAACAAAGAGUGGGUGAUGUCAGCUGCCCACUGCUUCUUCAGCACAAAUACCUUUGGAUGGUCCGUUUCUCUUGGUCGUCAGAACCUGCAGGGCAACAACACAAAUGAAGUGUCCAGAACUGUUGACACAAUCAUUUUGCAUCCAAACUUUGACACUUUUAGCUUUGACAACGACAUCGCUCUGCUUAGACUUUCCUCACCGGUCACUUUCACAGAAUACAUCAGACCUGUGUGUCUGGCAGCCAGUAGCAGUAACUUCAUCAAUGGUACUGAUAGCUGGGUCACUGGUUGGGGAACUGUCCAGGAAGGAGUGUUACUCCCCUUCCCUCAAACGCUACAAGAAGUGGAGGUUCCAGUUGUGGGAAACAGACAGUGUACCUGCCUGAAUGGUGAAGGUUCUAUUACAGACAACAUGAUCUGUGCUGGUUUACUUGAAGGAGGGAAAGAUGCUUGUCAGGGCGACUCAGGAGGUCCAAUGAUGAGCCAGCAGGAUUCAAUCUGGAUCCAAUCAGGAAUUGUCAGUUUUGGUGUUGGCUGUGCUAGACCUAAUCUGCCGGGAGUUUAUGCCAGAGUGUCCAGCUACCAGUCCUGGAUCAACUCACACAUCAGUUCUGAUAAGCCAGGCUUUGUCCAGUUCAACUCCAGUGGGCUGGAUGCUGACACCAACUUCACAUGCUCUGGUCCUUCUCCUCCUGUUACUAGUAUUAUUCCUACGACAGGACCAGGGACCAGCAUCUCAAGUGCUGAACUGUGUGGCACCUCUCCAUUGAACACGAGGAUAGUUGGAGGUGAAGACGCUCAAGAAGGAAGUUGGCCUUGGCAGGCCAGUUUGCAGGAUCUUGGCAGCCAUGUUUGUGGUGGUUCUCUUAUAAACAAAGAGUGGGUGAUGUCGGCUGCCCACUGCUUCUUCAGCACAAAUACCUUUGGAUGGUCCGUUUCUCUUGGUCGUCAGAACCUGCAGGGCAACAACACAAAUGAAGUGUCCAGAACUGUUGACACAAUCAUUUUGCAUCCAAACUUCGACAUUUUUAGCUUUGACAACGACAUCGCUCUGCUUAGACUUUCCUCACCGGUCACUUUCACAGACUACAUCAGACCUGUGUGUCUGGCAGCCAGUAGCAGUAACUUCAUCAAUGGUACUGAUAGCUGGGUCACUGGUUGGGGAACAGUCCAGGAAGGAGUGUUACUCCCCUUCCCUCAAAUGCUACAAGAAGUGGAGGUUCCAGUUGUGGGGAACAAACAGUGUAACUGCCUGAAUGGUGAAGGUUCUAUUACAGACAACAUGAUCUGUGCUGGUUUACUUGAAGGAGGGAAAGAUGCUUGUCAGGGUGACUCAGGCGGUCCAAUGGUGAACCAGCAAGACUCAAUCUGGAUCCAGUCAGGAAUAGUCAGUUUUGGUGUUGGCUGUGCUAGGCCUAAUUUGCCGGGAGUUUAUGCCAGAGUGUCCACCUAUCAGGCCUGGAUCAACUCCCACAUCAGUUCUGAUAAACCAGGCUUUGUCCAGUUCAACUCCAGUGGGCUGGAUGCUGACAUCAACUUCAUUUGUCCUGGUCCCUCUCCUCCUGUUACUAGUGCUACUACUGCUACUAGUACUACUGCUACGAGUGCUACUGCUACUAGCACUACCUCUACUGCUACUGCUACUAGUACUACUGCUACUAGCACUACCUCUACUGCUACUGCUACUAGCACUACCUCUACUGCUACUGCUACUAGUACUACUGCUACGAGUACUACUGCUACUGCUACGAGUACUACCUCUACUGCUACUAGUACUACUGAUACUGCUACUAGUACUACUGCUACUGCUACUACUCCUACUACUAUUACUACUACUACUUCAGCAAGUCCCCAACCAGAAAUUCCAAUUUCCACAGAACGAGUGUGUGGCACAGCUCCAUUAAACAAUCGGGAAGAAGGCGACACUGGAGUUGUACCAGGGGGUACUUGGCCUUGGGCUGUUCGUCUCUACAAAAACAAUGUUUUUACUUGUGCAGGAACUCUCAUCACUUCCAGGUUCAUCCUCACUUCCGGACAGUGUUUCUCUAGCUCUAAUCCUACUGCCAGCGACUGGAUUGCAUAUUUGGGCCAGAAACUUGACAAUGGCAUAGAGGAAUUUGAAAUGAUGAUGGCCGUUGAACAAAUUACAAUCAGCGAAAUGACAGGUUCCAACAUUGCAGUGCUACAGCUAACAAAUGCGGUCAGCUUCAGUGAUUACCUCCAGUCUGUGUGCUUGGACAUCAACGAUGCAACAACCUUCCCUUUUGGAAGUCGCUGCUGGGUUGUCGGCUGGGGACAGGAAACAAAUGAUCAAAUCAAUGCAAACCCUGGUGAAAGUCUAAGAGACAUUGAAACUAUAAUCACAAGUUGUGAGAGUGAUAAUCAGGACAACAUUUGCACUUCAAGCUUCAACAUUCAACAGAUGGAUGAGGGUGGUCCACUUGUUUGCAAGUCAGACUCAUCUUGGUUCCAGGCUGCCGUUGUUACAACAGGUCAAAGUCGAUCCCUUCGUGCUGACAUUCAGGUCUUUACCAGAACCAAGAGUUUCGAAGCAUUCUUAAGGGAAACAGUUGGCGACCUGCCGUCUCCUGCAGCUUCCUCAUCGGCAGUUAUGCCCGGUUGCUGUGGGUCCUUGUUUCUUUGUUUCUUUGUGACUUUGACAUUUAGCUACCUGGUGAUGUAUCAAUGAACAGCUUGAGAAUAUUAAUUUCUGCCCCUACGCUGUUGCAGUUUCAGUGAUUAAAACACAGUACAAUCAAGCGUUACAGUUUCAAACCAAUCUUGCUUGCUUUUACACAGAUGGCAUUAGCUGCCUGAGGUAAGUACUACAAAUAGAUGCUUCAUUAUAACACUAUUCUAUAUUUAAUUUGAUCUGUGAACUUUAGCAGUUUGGACUGUUGAAACAAUGAAUGCAUAUGAUCCCUUUAGCCUACUCUUAAUGACCCUAACUGCACUACUGUGAAAAAUGAAUACCAAUUGUAGAAAACACUUGAAAGUGUUACCACAAACCUUAGCACAAAACACAAUGAAACAAGAGUACUGUACAGAAUGUAAAGUGACUUAUUAUCCAGAAACUGUUUGGCUAUUAUGAACACUGCAAUCGUUUUUGAGACUGAACUGUAAAUCAUUUAAUUGGAUUCUGCAUCAAUGAUUACUCCAAGAAAUGUGGUUUCUGUUACCCUUGCAAUAUCACCCAAUCAAUUUGAACCUUUGUCUGUCAUUUUUCUGACAUACCAAAAAAACAUUAUUUUUGUUUUGCUCAGGUGCAAUGAUAGUUAAGAAAAAAAAUAAAAAGUAUCCAUUGAAA